AAAAACCGUACUUUUCCGUAUUUUUAUCGAUAACCUGCGACUGCGACAAAUGCUUCAAUUUCUAGACAAGAGAGACAAACAACUGUCCCUGAAAUACAACAAUUUUUUCAGAAAAAUAGUGAAAUAAAUAGGUUUAAAUUUUACAAUGUUUUAUAAGUAGAAGAUAUCAUCAAUUUGAGAUAUGAUAGUACAAUAAAUUUACCCAACAGUUAUUUCUCUUUGCUAUGGAUGAUGAUUGGAAGGAAUACAGAAGAAAUAAGCCUCAACAAAAGUUGUACAAGCCCGGCAGCGGCCCACUGAGGAGGUCAGGGUACGCUCUAGACCCCACAAUGAAUUCCUACGACGUCAGUAACGGCCCUCGAGGCAGAGAACAGAACCACUACGGAUCAAAAAAUUCAAUAUAUGAAGAUGACUUGUCCAGCAAAAAAGACCACUCCACAACCAGACACAGAAAGCCGGAGCAGCCGCUGUACGUGCCCCGCGCCGCCGACCUCAAGGGGGACAGUGACAGACACUCCAGUUCUUCUAUGAGGAGUGAUAGUGUUAAUCAGUCUUUUAAUAAGAGGCAUUCAAAUAAUAAGAAUGACAGGCAAGGCUACAACAGUACCGGGUACUCACGAGGCCCCUCCAGGAGGGACCGGGGCUAUGUGGAUACCCACAACAAAGAUGCAGCGAACAAUGAUGUGAACUACAACCGCAGCUACAGACAGGUGUCGGAGCCCAGGUCAGUGUCUCCAUCGCGGCGCGCGCCCACGCCCGGCGCGCCCGGCACCCCCGACCGCAACCGAGACACCAGGAGCAUGGAGACCUCAGGGCGACACAACACAGCUGCCGGUGGGAAACCUCCCAGUGGAAGAAGGAACUCGGCUGGGUACCCCAAUGAUACACCAAUACCAAAGUACAGGAUCAAUUUAGAAAAUUUGCCUCCUAGACUGAAGAAAAAGUUUUUAGAACAAUCAGGUCACAGUUUUGACAGUGCAGACCACAACACCAGAGACAGGUUUGCCAACAAUGCUCACCAGCAGAGCUUCAACCCAGCGACUCCUCACAACCAAACUACCACCUGGUCGCAGACACUACCCACCCGGGGGAGGGGUCGUCUCCGGGAUAAUGAGAGCUUUGACAGAGAUAAAUUUAUCAACACAUAUUUGAAGACACAGGAAAUUCACAAUAAUUCAAGACGUUCAACUCCAAGUAGCUCCUACAUGAAUCUGUAUGAACCUCAUUCUAUAGAGAGUCAUGUGUCCCUCGGAGACAACAACCAUGUGAACCAUGUGGAACACCCACCAGCCCCAGAAGCACUGACGAACGGCGCGGCGGAGGCUCACAGCCGCCGGGAGGAGCCCCGGGACGCGCCGAGCCGCCGGGAGGAGGCGCCCAGCGGCGCGGGGUCGGACAGCGAGCCCGCCUCCUGCGGCUCCACCAGCCUCAUGGAUAUGACCAACUUGGACUGGACCGAGGAAGUAGAGAAGAGCAUGAAGCUGGAGUCGGGCGGCUCCUCGUCCAGCUCACCGACGCCGCUCGCGUCCGCCUCCACGCAGGACCCGCGUGUAGCGGUGCGCCCCGAGACCAAGGAGGCCAAGAGAAGCGCCCGGUCUAAGCGGAGGGACAAGAGAAGUUCAAGCCGCGGUCAGAAGAAGAGCGACCGGCGGCGGGACAACGCGCAGUCGGACAUCCCCGCCCCCGCCCCCGCGCGCGCCGGGGGGCGGGAUCGCCGGGACAGCGGGCCCCAAGACGUCCGGGCUAGAGAACGCCGGGAUAGUGGCUCCCAAGAUGUCCGGGCUAGAGAGCGUAGAGACAGUGGGUCCCAAGACGUCCGUGCCGGCCGCGAGCGCCGCGAUAGCCACCGCAGUAACCGCUCGUCCAACAUCGGCAACAGUCGGGACGACCUCGACCGCUGGCGCUCCCUGCGGUCAUUCAGUAGAGAGCAGAGCGCGGAGGGGCGAAUAGUAUCACAGUGCAAUAGCAGAGACACGUCGGCAAACAGAGCUCUAAGUCCAAGAGAUAACGACGGUUUUAGAGUGCCAUCAGCUGUUCCGAAGAAUGCAGCGUGGACGGCUUCUAAUCAGAAAAAGAGCAACGGCAGUUGGGUGCCCGCUCGCACACCGAGUGUCGACCGGGGGCGCGAGUCCCCGGCCCCCGACGCGGCCCCCGAGCCGGCGGGGGGCGGGGGCCGCCGCUCGCGCCGCCGCGCCGGGCGCCGCCGGGGCCGCGGGGGCGAGCCCGUCGCGCCCCCCGUCCCGCACCCCGCCGGGGCCACGCCCGCUCCCACUAAUGUGAACUGGAGGGACGAGAUCAAGGAGUCGAAGAAGUUUUCAGUUCAGGAUCGGUUGGAUAGACAUCAAGAAGUGAACCGGCAGCGGCUCGCCAGCACUGCGUCAGACAAGGCGGAGUGCCCCGCGCCGCCCGCCGGCCUGCUGGUACUGCCGGCUGCGCUGCCGCAAGCCAACAACCACAACACCGGUCGAGAAGGUUCGACAGAGACACAGAAGAUGUUGUACGACCCGCACAACCCGUCGCGGCCUAUCAUGGUGGCGGCGCAGGCCAAGCAGGACCCACGGAUGAACAGAGCCCCCAGCGAGCAGUGGUCAUCGUCCUCUACCGAGGCGGCGGGCGCGCAGGCGCUGGCGGCGCGGCACCGCGCGCUGCUGCAGCAGGUUGACCGCGCCGACGCCGCGCUGCAGGCGCACCUGGCCGCCCCCGCCGCUGCGAGGGAUGGCGCCGUCGCCGACACCAGAAAAUUCUUGCAAGAAGCGCUAGAGAAGCUCCUGAUGACGGACCUCAAGUACUGCCAGGCGGACAACAUCGAGCACCACUUCUGGAAGAUCCUGUACUACAACUUCAUCGAGGUGCUGCGGAAGCGCCUCGCGGCCGCCGCGCCCGCCGACCGCGCCGCCACCGUCGCGCAGAUCAACGCCAUCAUCGACGACGGAAACACAUACUUCGAACAACUCGUGCAAACGCUCGAGAAAACAUACAAGUUCAACACAGAAGAUUACAUCAACGACAACCACUGCCUACCUCCUAAAGGGCUAGGCUACGUCGGGCUAGCUCUAGUCUCGGUGCAGAAGCUCUAUGUGUUCCUCGGAGACCUGGCCCGGUAUAAGGAGCAGGUGAAUGAGACCAAUAACUACGCGAAGAGCAAGUUUUGGUACACGAAAGCGCAACAGGUUAAUCCUAAGAAUGGUCGGCCGUAUAAUCAGUUGGCUAUUUUGGCGAUAUAUGCGAGAAGGAAAUUGGACGCGGUGUAUUACUACAUGAGGAGUUUAAUGUCGUCCAACCCGUUCCAUUCAGCAAGGGAAAGUUUGAUCUCAUUAUUUGAUGAAAAUAGGAAAAAGUACGAAGCGGCGGAGCGCAAGCGGCGCGCACUGCUAGAAGCCAACAACCCCUCCGCCACGACGCCGGCGGGCGCGGGCGCGGGGCGCGGGCUGCGGCGCGAGGUGUGGGUGCGGCCCAGCGGCGGGCGCACCACGCGGCUGCGCCACGACCGCAGCCCCGACGACCGCCUCGCCUCCAUGACGCCGGUCGAGCUAAAUAAAAACUUCAUAACCAGCUACCUACACGUGCAUGGGAAGCUCGUUACCAAAAUCGGGAUGGAGUCGUUCCACGCGAGCAGCGCGCGCAUGCUGCGCGAAUUCCGCGCGCUGCUGCACCUGCAGCCGCUGCCCACGCCGGCCGCGCGCCUGCUGCAGCUCACCGCGCUCAACAUGUUCGCCGUCGAGACCAACGCGCCCUCCGGCACCCAAGGCUCCACGACAACCGGCUCCCGCUCGGCGUGGCUCGAGUGCGCCGUGUCGGUGGCGCUGCUGAUGUUCGGCGCGCUGCUGGAGCGCUGCUGCGCGCUGCUGCCCGCGCCGCCCGCCUCGCAGCAGCGGGCCGACGCGCUGCUGCUGCUGCCCGCCAUCAAGGUGUGGUCGGACUGGAUGCUGUGCCACAGCAGCGUGUGGAACCCGCCGCCCUCCUUCGACAACUACGACAUCGGCACCGACAAGGACCCGUGGGACUGGCUGGCGCGCCUCAUGAACAUCCUGGAGACGCUCGACGACAAGUCCAUCGUCUUCGAAACUGAAAUGAAAGAAGGCUACUCGCCAGUGCGACUACCCGAAGACUCGCUGCUAGCCGGCUUCACCCCGCUCAUGUACAUGGAGCCGGCCGCGGCCUUCGUGCGGCGCGCCCCCGCCCCCGCCCCCGCGGGCCCCGAGGGGACGGCCCCCGCGCCCCCCGCGCCCCCCGCGCCCCUCGCGCCGCAUCUCGCCGAGCACGCCUUGAGGACGAGGAAGCUGCUGUUCUUUGGCACCGAAUACCUGGUGGGCGUGGAGCCGGCGGUGCUGCGGCUGGAGUGCCCGGCCGGCGCGGCGCCGCGCUACGCGAGCUGCGUGCCGCGCGCCGCGCCGCCGCCCGCGCCGCUGCACGCCUUGUCGGAAGACUCAGCGGAAGAGGAAGAGGACGACAUGAAAGAGACAGCUAGCCCGCCGAGCCCGCCGAGUGCGAGGGGGACGGCGAUAGAGGCGGAGGGGGCGGACGAGGCCACCCGGCGGCUGCUGAGGCGCAAGGAGCAGCUCGAGGACAGGCGGGCCACUAUGGAGAGAAGGCAGAAAAGGAUGCAGGAGCUGGUGGCGGGCGGCUGGGUGCGCGCGGAGGUGACGGUGCGGCCGCGCUGGCUGGUGCCCGACACCAACUGCUUCAUCGAGCACCUGCCGCUGCUGACGCUCCUGGCGCGCCCGCAGCCCUACCUGCUGGCCGUGCCGCUUGUUGUGGUGACAGAACUGGAAGGGUUGAGUCGCUGCGGGCGCGUGGGCGCGGCGGCGGCGGCGGCGCUGGCGUGGCUGGGCGUGGCGGGGGCCGCGGGGGGUGCGGGGGCGCCGCCGGGCGUGCGCUUCGCCACGUCGCGCGGCUCGCUGCUCGCCUCGGCCGCGUUCACCGCCGAGCAGGAAACCGCCCGGGCGACCAACGACGACCGAGUGCUGGCCACCGCGCUCAAUCUACACGCCAAUAUUCCCAGUGAGCCUGAGUCGGGCGAGGCGGGGUCGCGGCGCGUGUGCUCCGUGGUGCUGCUGACGGACGACCGCAACCUGCGCGUGAAGGCGCUGGCGGCCGACCUGCCGGCGCGCGACCUUCCCUCCUUCGUGGCCUGGGCCGCGCUCGCCCCAGACCCUAUCGCGCCGGAGGGCGGCGGCGCGGCGCAGUGACUCGCGCGACCCACCCGCCCCCGGCUGAUGUCUCUGGUCUCAUUAUGAUACAUGUCUCGCUCUAGGACACAUACAAUGUCUGUUAACACGCCCCUCUCACUACGACUAAGUGAUUUCCUUCGUUCGUUAUUUUAUAGAAAAUAAUUAUGACUUAAUAUUACGGAAGACAACGUGCUUACAGAUUAUAUUAGAUUAGAUGAAAGUGCAAGAUGGCGGCGCGACGCUCGCGCCCUCUAGAGUAGGAAUUGAAUAGUAUAAAUAAGUAUAAAACUAAUUGAAUACACCAAUAGUCGGAUAUAAUAGUUAUUAAAUUUUGUUAAGAGCUUCAGGGUUCCACCUGUGUGUUCCUUGGGCCAGUUUUUACAUGCUUUUUGUAUUUCUUAUUUGUUUUUAAGGUAUUAGAGAAUCGUAAAUGUAAUGAUAAAUGAGUUGUAGUUACUAUAUUUUGUAUUAUAUUGAGUACAGUUUUAUGAUUUUAUAGUUAGGUAGUAGUAUGGAAUGAUGUACACUAUCUAACGUAACAAGUACAGGACGCAUGCUCUUUGCUCUACUUUUAUUUUUUUAGUACAUAAUAUUGUGUCGCAGGAGCGUCGAGUUUUGAUCAAUGACGAGGCGCACUAGAAUCGUGAAAGUAUUUUAUUAAAUUCUAACCUCUUCACGAGAUUAAUCGAAAUAUUAUUUGUGUACAGCUUAACUUUUAACAAUUGUCUUGUGCCAUUACACGUAACCU